AUGCCAGGAUUGACUCCUGACCAGCUCGAAGCUUUUAACCGCGAUGGCUUUCUCGUUAUUAAAGGAGCGCUUUCUUCCUUCACAUGCGAUGAACUUCGUGCAAAAGCCAACGAGUACGUGGGUCAGUGUGAUUUAAAAAAGCAUUGCUCCAUCUUUACAACCAAUGAACAAACGCGCCGCAUGAACGAUGAAUACUUUCUCGAUUCAGGCGAUAAGAUUCGCUAUUUCUUUGAAGAGCGUGCUUUUGAUAAGGAUCAAAAGACGUUAGCAGUGCCAUUGAAUGUUGCUGUUAACAAAAUUGGUCAUAAUCUGCACAACUUGGACCCAGCUUUCAAGAAGAUUAGCUACGAUUCUAAUGUUCAAGACAUUGUCAAGUCAUUGAAUUAUGUGCGGCCUUUGAUAGUGCAGUCCAUGUACAUCUUUAAGCAGCCGAGUAUUGGGGGCGAAGUAAGACCUCAUCAGGACGGCAGCUAUCUGUAUACCGAGCCUCAAUCUGUGGUGGGCUUUUGGUGGGCUUUGGAGGACUGUACCCUUGAAAAUGGAUGUCUGCACGGUGUACCAGGCUCACAUUUGACGGUGCCGGUGCUUCAGCGAUUGAGACGUACCACAAAGGAGCAACAGGAGAAGUAUGGACAAAUAUUACUCGAAAACGUCCCAGCGCAAGUAGAACCUUUUGAUAUCAGCAAGAGCAAGCCGAUACUUACUAAGAAAGGAGAUCUCGUGCUUUUGCAUAGCAAUUUCGUGCACUACAGCGAAGCGAACAAGUCACCUUAUUCGCGCCACGCAUAUUCAAUUCAUAUAGUCGAGAGUCACAAUGUGAAGUAUCCUGAAGAUAACUGGUUGCAAACGUCUGAUGGCGUGCCUUUCAAGCCGCUGUUCGGUUGA